AUGGUCCUUGGAAUCUCCCUCCGUGGCAAGAAGAAAAAGGAGGAGCCGACGAUUCGACCGUCGCCCAGUCUCCCGAGCGUGCUCCCGACGGGUAUUCCGUGGCCAGAGGAUCUCGUCGACAUCAACGACGUCAAAGCUGCGCGCACGAGCACUCAGCAGAGUGAGCAGCAGCAGCAGCAGGAUGCGCAAGGAACGCUGAAUCGCAAGAGCUCUAUCAACUUUGCUCGUCCGUUCCGUACUGGCUCGCCCAGCAGCGAGAGCGGACCUAUCGGAGGAAAGAUUGCGAGCUUGUUUAGCUCAAAGGGCGCUGGUACAGGCGGCUUUAUUCGUUCCUCCGGCCAUCCUACCGUCAGUCUGUCCCGCAGCCAGCGACGGAGGGUUGCGCCGACACUCAACAUUGUGGUCGCUGGAGAGCGUUCGACGGGCAAGACGUCGUUGCUCAAACUCUUCCUCGAAACGUCAGAGAUAUCGUCGACUGCAACGCCAGAGCAAAAGCUUUCUGUCGAUACAUUCAUGUCAAAGUCCCGCAAGAGCACGCGGUCGCUGCAGACGGUGUGCGUCGAGAUUGCAGAGACGCGCUUUGAUCGCAUCCUGCUCACCCUCGUCGACACACCUGGUCUGUGCUAUGCAGACGGGCAAGAACUCGCUUUGGAGCGCUCUGUUUCGUCGCUUGUCAAGUACAUUGACAUGCAAUAUGAUGAAACGAUGGGAGAGGAAUCCAAAGUCGUUCGUCAGAGCAAAGGAGACCAACAUGUGCAUCUGUGCAUAUAUCUCAUUGACCCGGAUUCGAUCAUGACCGUCAAAGCACGCAGAGCAAAGUCUCGCCUGCCAACACGGACCCGCUCUCAGAUCCAUCUUGCCUCCAGGGAUGACGCGACCAACGAGUCCUCUGACGAGGAGGAAGAGGACGAAUACGAUAACGGUCAACACCACCACAGCAAGCUUUGUAUGAACCCUGCCGAGAUUCGUGUGAUCAAGCGACUUGCUUCUCGCGUCAACGUCCUUCCAGUCAUUGCACGCUCCGACUCGCUGACGGAGAGCCGCCUUCGCGCGGUCAAGCGUACCGUUCGUAGAGAGCUCAUUGCUGCCGGAGUCGGAUUCGGCGUCUUUUCUCCGUCAACAGUCGGCGCCAACGUUUCCAAUGGUGCUGCCGGCCAAGGAGAUGCAGCGAGUGAGGCCGAAACACCGACAAAAGCCACUGGAGUGACAACUGCUGGUGAUGCAGAGGGCGAGGAGGAAGACGCAGAAGAGGAUCGUCAAGCUCGUCCAGUCAUCCGGAUUCGCGCUCGCAAGAGCUUUACGGGCACGGAGCGAUCUCGCUCCAGAAGACGAAGGAGCGGACUCGACGAGCCGUCUCCUGAGCGUGGUGAUGAGGAUGGAGAACAGCCUCCUCUCCCCGAUGGAAGCAGCGCCAUCACUGCGACCGGUUCCAGACUCAGCAAGGCGGCGCUCGAGGCCAUAUUGCCGUUUGCCUUUGUCUCUCCACAACCACAACGCAAGGGCGAGAUGUCUCCCGGUACGCAAUCCCCGGUCCCGAACGGCAAUCACCUCUCCGCCAACGAACUGGACGUCCCUGCGACACCACUCAGUCAAAGAAGUUCUGUCCCUCCCUCGGCAUUCCCACAGCAGUACCAGAGUCCAGGCAUCAACGACUACGAGACGCGCGAGUUUCCCAAAGGACGCUUUGUCCGCAACUUUAAAUGGGGCACACUCGACGUGUUGGACCCCGCCCAUUGUGACUUUGUAGCACUGCGCACCGCGGUUCUAUCGACGCAUUUCCGAGCGAUCAAGAUGAACACGCGCGAAGUGUUGUACGAAAAAUACAGGACCGACAAGCUCCUGGCCAGACGCGCGACGCGCAAUAUUACCAAGGAGGACCGGAAACGCUUGCUCGAGGACCUCGGCCUCUAG